AUCAUGUACAGCAGCGUCUGUGCAGCAGUUCUGAGGUAGCAGGAUGUAGAGAGCAGUUCAUGUUUUCCCGUGGAGUCCCUGAAAGGGACAGCCUUGAAAGACAGCUUCUAUACGAAUAAGGAAUUAGGAGGAGUUACAAUACCUGACUUUGGGCUGCUUUUAAUCAGAUGCCUCGGCAGCGAGGAGGAGCAUCUCAAGAGUUAUGAAGGUGGAAAAGGAUCCCGAAGAUGAAGACAAUAUCAAUAGAGAUCCCAGCUAAGUGUAGUACAGCAUGAGGUGGACGGAAUCAUUUGUUAGGAAUUUGUCUGAGGGCCCACUUCGUAAACUGCACAGAUUUGUAAUUCAAUGCGAAGUAGUUUGCUGUUAGCAACGAGAAACUUAACCCUUCCGAUGAUGAAGUGUUGGUUUUCUUGUGCUCCUCCAAACAGACAUGUAGCAGAUUGGAGUAAAUACGAUGACCGAUUGAUGAAAGCAGCAGAAAGGGGAGAUGUUGAAAAAGUGACCUCAAUCCUUGCUAAGAAGGGAGUCAGUCCAAUCAAGCUAGAUGUUGAAGGCAGAUCUGCCUUCCAUGUGGUGGCCUCAAAGGGGAACCUUGAGUGUUUGAAUGCCAUCCUUCUCCAUGGAGUUGACGUCACAACCAGUGACACCGCAGGGAGAAAUGCUCUUCAUCUGGCUGCAAAAUAUGGGCAUGCAUUGUGCCUACAAAAACUGCUGCAGUAUAAUUGUCCCACUGAGCAGGUUGACCUGCAGGGAAGAACUGCACUUCAUGAUGCAGCUAUGGCAGACUGUCCUUCCAGCAUUCAGCUGCUCUGUGACCAUGGGGCCUCUGUGAAUGCCAGAGAUGUAGAUGGGCGAACACCACUUGUUCUGGCUACUCAGAUGUGUCGGCCAACAAUAUGUCAACUGCUAAUAGACAGAGGAGCGGAUAUUAAUUCCAGAGACAAACAAAACAGAACUGCUCUUAUGCUAGGUUGUGAAUAUGGAUGCAAAGAUGCAGUAGAAGUCUUAAUAAAAAAUGGUGCUGAUGUGAGCUUACUGGACAGCCUGGGUCAUGAUAGUUCUUAUUAUGCAAGAAUUGGUGAUAAUCUGGACAUUCUGACCUUAUUGAAGAAUGCGUCUGAAAAUACCAACAGAGGGAGAGAACUUUGGAAGAGAGGACCAUCUUUGCAACAGCGGCAUUUGACACAUGUGCAAGAAGAAGUAAGCACCAAGUCAAAUCAGAGGGAGCAUCCAACCUUUCAGGAUCUGGAGAUUGAAAAUGAAGAUUUGAAAGAAAGGUUGAGAAAAAUUCAACAAGAACAAAGAAUACUGCUGGACAAAGUCAAUGGUUUACAACUACAGCUGAAUGAGGAAGUAAUGGUUGCUGAUGAUCUGGAAAGUGAGAAAGAAAAGCUGAAGUCCCUUUUGGCAACUAAAGAAAAGCAACAUGAAGACAGCCUGAGAAUGAUUGAGGCUUUGAAAAAUAGAUUUAAGUAUUUUGAGAGUGAUCACUUAGCAUCAGGAAAUCAUUUCAGUAACCGAAAAGAAGAUACACUUUUUAAACAAGGUCAGAUGUACAUGACAGACUCACAGUGUACUUCCUCCGGGAUGCCAGCCCACAUGCAGAGCAGAUCUAUGCUAAGACCACUGGAGCUUGCUUUACCCAGUCAAGCCUCAUAUUCUGAAAAUGAAAUGUUAAAGAAGGAGUUGGAAACAAUGCGAACUUUCUGUGACUCGGUGAAACAAGACAGACUCAAGCUCCAAAAUGAACUGGCUCACAAGGUGGCGGAAUGCAAAGCGUUAGCCCUCGAGUGCGAGCGAGUCAAGGAAGACUCAGACGAGCAGAUAAAGCAGCUGGAAGACGCAUUAAAAGAUGUGCAGAAAAGAAUGUACGAGUCGGAAGGUAAAGUGAAGCAAAUGCAGACACAUUUCCUCGCCCUUAAAGAGCACUUGACGAGUGAAGCAGCGAUGGGGAAUAACAGACUCACAGAGGAACUGAAGGAUCAGCUGAAAGAUGUGAGAACAAAAUACGAAGGUGCGUCAGCAGAAGUAGGAAAAUUAAGAAACCAAAUGAAGCAAAAUGAAAUGUUAGUGGAAGAGUUUAGGCGGGAAGAAGGCAGACUGCGAGAAGAAAAUAAGCGGUUGCAGAAGGAGUUUAGUGCGUGUGACAUGGAGCAAGAGAAGAAGGGAAGGAAGGUUGUGGAGCUGGAAGGCCAGUUAAAAGAACUGGUAGCAAAAUUAGCCCGUUCGGUGCCCAUAGAGAAGUUUGAAAACAUGAAGAGCUUGUUAUCACAUGAAGUGAACGAGAAGGCAAAAAAAUUAGCAGAUACAGAAAGAGAAAAUGAAAAAUCUCGUAGUGAAAUCAGGCACUUGAAGAGAGAGCUUGAGAACUUUCAGAGCCGGCUUGCUCAGCACGUCAAGCCGGAGGAGCACGAGCACCUGCGGAGCAGGCUGGAGCAGCAGUCGGGCGAGCUGGGGAGGAAGGUCACCGAGCUGACCGCCAAGAACCAGGCGCUGCAGAAGGAUGCCGAGAAGCUGCAGCUGGACAACAAGCUCCUCGGCCAGCAAGUGCACAACCUAAAUGUGGACAUGAAAAGUAAUUAUGUGCCUUUGAAAGUGAGUGAAGACAUGAAGAAGUCACACGAUGCGAUGGUUGAUGAUUUGAAUAAAAAGCUUUUAGAUGUAACCCAAAAAUACUCGGACAAAAAGUUGGAAAUUGAGAAGUUACUGUUGGAAAAUGACAGCCUAAGUAAGAACAUUAGCCACCUGGAAUCCGCGUUCAUCCCUCCUGAGAAACAUGAAAAAGAGACCAUGGCUCUGAAAUCCAGUAUUGUCGAACUUAAGAGGCAGCUGUCUGACCUUAAUAAAAAAUGUGGUGAAGACCAAGAUAAAAUACACGCGCUCAUGUCCGACAACACCAAUUUGAAAAAGACCAUCAGUAAUCAGUAUGUGUCCGUUAAAACCCACGAGGAGGCGAAAACGUCACUGAACAGCACGUUAGACAAAACAAACAGAGAACUAUUAGAAAUGAAGAAAAAAUUUGAAGAUAAAAGCCAAGACUUUCUAAAACUAAAACACGAGAACAGUGUGUUAAAAAGAAACCUGGAAAACGCUCAGAGCCAGAUGAAAGCUGAGUACAUCAGCCUGAAGGAACACGAGGAGAAGCUGCGGGUUGUAAACAAGAGCAUGAGAAAGGCUGAGGAGAGCAGUGCUGAAAUCCUGGCUAACUACAGGAAAGGCCAAGACGAGAUUGGGAGGCUGCACGCCGAAAUGGAAGCCCAGAAGAAGGAACUUGACAUGCUCCAGGAAUGCAUCAAGCUGAAAUACACUCCAGUUACCAGCUUGGAAGAGUGUGAGAGAAAAUUUAAAGCAGCUGAGAAAGAGCUAAAAGAACAAUUAUCAGAGCAGACACAGAAAUCCAGUGUCAGGGAAGAGGAGGCCAAGAAAUGCAAGCAAGAGAUUAUAACUCUCAAGAAGGAGAUUCUCUCCCUUCAGAAAGACUUGAAAGAGAAGAAUGCGCUCAUUGAGAAGUCUCGUGAACUGGAAAGAACAUCGAGCAGGAAAACAGAAGACUUAAACCAACAGUUAAAAGACCUGUUACAGAAAUACACGGAGGUAAAGGACGCAAAAGAGAAGCUAGCGGAAGAAAAUGCCAAACAGACCUCUGAGAUACUUGCAGCCCAAAUGCUUCUCCAGAAACAGCCCGUUCCAUUGGAGCAGGUUGAGGCUCUGAAAAAGUCACUCACGGGCACAAUUGAGACUCUAAAGGAAGAACUCAAGAAUAAGCAGAGGUGUUACGAGAAAGAGCAGCAGAUGGUGGCCAAACUGCAUCAGAUGCUGGAGAAUCAAAAGAACUCUUCUGUGCCCUUGGCGGAGCAUUUACAGAUCAAGGAAGCCUUGGAGAAAGAGGUCGGAGUCAUGAAAACUAGCCUGAAAGAAAAGGAAGAAGAAAGUCAGCAUAAAACAGAAGAAGUCUCCAAACUCCAGUCUGAGGUUCAUACGACGAAGCAAGCACUGAAAAAAUUAGAGACAAGAGAGGUUGUUGAUUUGUCAAAAUUUAAGACAAUGAAAAGUGAUUUGGAGACACAGAUUUCCAACUUAAAUGAUAAACUGGCCAACCUGAAUAGAAAAUACGAGGAUGCGCGGGAGGAGGUUUUGCAUGCCAAAAAGAAGGACCUGUCUGCGAGAGAUGCGAAGGAGUUACUGCACUUGAGCAUCGAGCAAGAGAUCCAGGACCGGAAAGAACGGUGUGACAAGUCCUUGACCACAAUCUCAGAGCUCGAGAGGACAAUCCAGGAAUCUGCCAAACAGAUCGAAGAGAAAGAUAAUAAGAUAACUGAGCUGCUUAAUGAUGUAGAAAGACUGAAACAGGCCCUCAAUGGCAUUUCACAACUUCCCUACAUGAGCGGGAAUCCCACCAAGAGGCAGAGUCAGCUGGUUGAAACUCUGCAGCACCAAGUCAAGUCCCUGCAGCAGCAGCUGGCUGAUGCUGACAGGCAGCACCAAGAAGUAAUUGCGAUUUAUAGGACACAUCUCCUUAGUGCCGCACAGGGCCACAUGGAUGAAGAUGUCCAGGCAGCCUUACUGCAGAUCAUACAGAUGCGGCAGGGCCUCGUGUGCUAG